GUCACCGGUGUCCCAGGGAUCGGAUAAAGGCCGUCUGAGGGCCAUAGCGCGACACAGAAGGAUCUUAGAGGAGCUCUUCAAACAAGUGGAACAGUGGCUCCUUGGUGCCUGCCCCCCCAUUUAUUUCCGAGACUUGGGAGGAGAAAUUGAAAAAAAAAAAAAAGACAAACCACAUAUAGGAAGAUUUAUUAAUUUUUUUGGGAGAAACAAUAUGAGCAGUUACAAAGUGACCCUUUCCGGAUCUGCCCCGUGGGGCUUCCGACUGCAAGGAGGAAAAGACUUCAACAUGCCGCUCACCAUCUCCAGGAUCACCCCCGGCAGCAAGGCGGCGAUGGCCAACCUGACCCAGGGUGACAUCAUCGUGGGGAUUGACGGGGUCAGCACAGACGGCAUGACCCACCUGGAUGCCCAGAACAAGAUCAAGUGCGCCAGCUACAACCUGGCCCUCACCAUGCAGAAGUCGAAGCGCCCUGCCCCAGUGCCCACAGCUACCCCCCGAAUGGACUCCCCCAUGUCAGUCAUCCCUCACCAGAAGAUCCUCCAAAUCAAUGGCAGCCCCUCAGCCUGCAAUACCACCUCUGGGCAGCUAGGGGCUCCCAACGAGACAAAUUCCUUCAUCUACAGCAAGCAAGAGACUGGCCAAUCGCGUAGCGUGGCUCUCACUAAGGGCGGAACCCCGUCUCCCUCUAAGAGACAGUCAUGGUCGGCGCCCGGAAGUCCUGCCUGCAAACCGGCCUCCGGCCAGAGGGGGCAGUAUAACAACCCCAUUGGGCUUUACUCUGCGGAGAGCAUUAAGGAGAUGACAGAGGCGCAUAGCAGCUUCAAAGGAAGGAUCUCCGGAGUUCCGUGGCGUAUGCUCCCAGUUAAAGACCCUCUCAUAGACAGUGCCUCCCCAGUCUAUCAGGCCGUGAUCCAGAACCAGGGUACUGGGGAGAACCAGGAGAUAGAGGAGUGGUCUCGCCGCGCUGCCAACCUGCAGUCCAAAUCCUUCCGCAUCCUGGCCCACAUCACAGGAACCGAGUACAUGCAAGACCCAGAUGUGGAUGCUCUGAGGAGAUCAAGGGAAAAGUUUGAAACGGAAGUAAAAGGCCCACGUUUUGCUAAAUUGAAAAACUGGCACAAUGGCCUGUCUGCGCAAAUCCUUAACGUUUAGGGUUAUGUUUGAGAUUUGAAAAGGAGGAAAGGGAGCGAGUUUGAGGAGGAGGAGGGGAGUAGUUCUGAACUGGAGAAGUGUUUAGCCCCCAUGUUGUGGGUGGUUUGAGAGCUAAUCAGUUUUGCAAGUGCUUGUCAUCAGUCUAUUCUCUGUGCUGUAUAUCCCUCUGCAUUGUAACGCAGUAGUGCUCGGCUCCUUUAAUUGUUUAAGCUGUAUUUAUUUAGGGGUUUUUUUUUGUCAUGGUAUAAAAAGAUAUAGAGCUUCUGAUGUUUUUUCUUCCUUCCUAGUUUGAAUGUUCAAAAUAAAUGGAUAGAUUUGGGCAGGCUGUCCCUUGUUGCGAAACAUUAUGUAUUGGAAUGUAACACCUUCCCCACCACCACCUUUUUAGACUGUGCCUUUCACUUGAUCUUAUUUUACCUUGUCCAUUUAUACUCUAAGGGCCGCUAACCAGAGCUUUAAAAUCCAUUUGUUUACUUGCACGAACAAAGCUUAUCGCUGGCCCCACCUUUUAAAAUCUGUUAAUGUUCUUUGCUUUGAUUUAGGGGUAUUAGAAUAGGAGCUGGGUUGUGUUGGGCGUGCACUUGCUAGCAUUUUAAAACACACUUUCCUGCUGAAGAUUCUUUUCUGGAGCCCAGUGUUUAUUCGAUGAAGUCUCUAGAUCCAGUGUGCUCAUGUCGAAGAGCUUCCCUCUGUCUGUGUGUCUGUCUGUGCUGUGGAGGACACGCAGAGCAGAGGGAGGGAGGCAGGCUCUUGUACUCACUGUGAGCAGCACGCCACCUCCCUGUUUCAGAGACUUCCAACACUGCUUCAGCUCCACCAUGAUCGGACACGCCAUUGCAGCUAAUAAGAGGCAGGAAUGUUUUUUUUUAAAUGCUGGGAAAUACACCUUGAAAGGAACUCAAAUGUACAUCAAAGUACCUUUACUUUUAAUUGGCUGCUAAAUGAGGCCCAAAAACACAAGUGUAACCAUUACAGCAGCAUUUUGUAAAAAAUAUUUGCUUCUAACAUUUAUAUAUUGCAGGGCAAAUUCAAUGAAAAAGGGGUGUGUGUGGGGGGAGGGGGGGGGGGAGGUAUAUGUUUUACCCAAAGUAUUAUGGAAGACAGGAUUUAUUACAAAUGAAUCAAUCGCUUGAAUGAAGCUGAUAAAACAUGCUGCUGUUUUGAGAUUAUUGCUAAGGCACUUACAAAUAAACAAUUUAAUCACCCGCCUGUUCAUUAAACAAAAACAAACAAAAAGUUUAUUUGUGAUGCCUAAGGUGUUUUAGCCAGCAGAGACUAAAACGAAACAACCUGCUGCCAGGUGGGUAGGCAUUUUUGAAGUCUGAAGAGCACAAUAACAGAACUGCUCAAUUGCUUUUGACCUGGAACCAAUACACUCAUUUCAUUUGCAAUCUGCCAGAUACUGGUCAGCUAAUAAGAUCAAAGGAUAGAACGGGGCUCAGCCUUUGAAUCAGACAGCUGGCACGCCCAAUUUAACUACUUUUCAAUUCUUAUCUUGCUGUUGUAGCAACCAUAUUUCAGAUAUUUCGCUUAAAGGUGUACUUUUUAAAGGCGUGCCAGCUAACAUUUUAGAAGCCAGUGGCUUUCGGUCUGUUUUCAAUCUUCUAUGCUCAUUGCUGAGAUGACGUUUUUUCUCUUUGUUUCUGCUUGUGUGCUGUUUAUAGCAGGUAUAGUUAGGCUCUCCUACUCGCUGUGUGAAAGUGUCACAUUUAUUGUGGAUUUGAUCUUUCCUUUUCUAUUAACAAGGAAAAGCAAAGGUGAAAUACUUUUAAUGAAUAAUCAACUUCUAUAGAAACUAUCACACCCUCAAGCAGAGCUGAAGGUUUUGGUAAUACUGUGUAGUAAUCAGAUCGUAGGCUGAGGGGAUUUCUUUUCUUCAUCCAUGAAAGUUUGUGCGGAAUGAAAAGCCGUUGAAUGAAUCGGUGAAGGGCAGUGCAGGUUUGUGGAAGUAGAAUUAUUUUCUGAUGUAAAGCACCUGUAUGGAAAAAAAAAUAAACAGCUGCAGUUUAACUGCUGGAAAACUUCAGUUGGUAGAAACUGCAUGGCUCGACUGCAGCUUAGCUGCCCUGUAACAGCUGUAGUUUUAAGAUCAGUGUAAUUCUAUUAUAUUGCGUUUUACAGUCCAGUUGAUCCACAGUCUAACUACACUUUUUUUCCAGUUUCCUCUGCAGUUAAACUUCAUUUACUUUUCAUAUGGGUGGGCAGUCUGUUAUAGUCUGUGCUUAAACUCUAUCGGUGUGGGAGAAAAUGAUUUUAUAAAAAUUAAAGAUCUAGAAUGAAUUCAAACCCCUGACAAGCCCAGUUUUCAAGACAGCAGUGAGGAUGCUGGUUGAUUUGACCGUACAGCGGUGUGUAGCAGGUAAUAUUGACACUGGUCAGUUUUGUCAUUCUGCCAAAGUGCCCGUGGGUUAUGGGCGAUUCCGAUAUAGGUGGUUGGUACAGACUUGUGUAAAGGGCUGUAAACUCCUUUGUCUGGAAGCUGGAAGUGGGGUUCGUUGUCACUAGAAGUGUGCUGACACUCGUACUCGUACUCCAAACACCUUUAAAACUGAUACAUUUUACCCUUAAGGAUAUACAUUUGAAUUCCUCACCAGAAUGACCCAGCACACGAUAAUGCACAGGCAGGUUUGUGUUGGUGGUGGGUUGGAUGUUGGGUGCUCUCCUAAAGGUUUGUGCCGAUACUCUCCACUAUUCAAGCACUGCUAUAUUGGGGGGGAUUUUAAAUUGAGGGAAUAAGAAAAGAUCAAGGAAAGUGUUGGACUCUCAUCAAACUAUAAAAAUACGUUUCAGUGAUUGUGUUUUCAGUACGAAGCCAGUUACCUGUUUGGGGUCGUGCUUGCCUCUCAGAUUUCCUCCUGUUCAGAGGGAGUGUUGGGUUAGCUGAUUGGACUGUCCCUAUCAAAUUCGAGGUUGGUCAGAAGUUAUGUAGAGUACCUGCCAAAAAAAAAAAAAACAUGCAACUUUAUACAACAACUUGCAAAUAAAAUCUUGUUAUAACAUAAAAGCGGUUGACAAUUACAUGAGCCUUGUGCACCAGGACACGUUCACUACUUUGUUACAAAGCUUCAAACCCCAGCACCCCUUCAUGUUUGGGGGCUCCCAGCGAGCUUGCGAGGCACCGUACCCCUCGUGGAUAGGCGGGGAUGUCGAGAGGUUUGCAUGCAAUCUCUAUUUGACUUUUCUGCUGUAGCAUCAAAAUCACCCUGUAUAUAGUGGCAUGGUUCUUCUGAAAUAAAGGAUAUUAUUAAAACAACAAA